UUAUUAACAUAUGUUAAAAUUUUAUUUCUACAGCUAUAUAUUUUCAAAAAUCAUAUGUUGAAAAAUAUUUUUUAUUUGAUUAUUUAAAAUUAUGAAAACUCGAAAACGUAAUAAAAAAGGUAAAAUGUAUAAAACAAACUCCUAUAUUAAUAGAGUAAUAAGAAACCUAAACAAUAAAAUUAAAGAGAUAAAAUACAUAAUACUAAGAUAUAAAUUGUAUAUUUAAAUUUUUAUAAUAAUAUCAAAAUUAAAUAUUUAUAAAAUGAAAAUAUACCCGCACGAUGUGCGGGAUAAACUCUAGUUAUGUUUUAAGUUUUGUAUAUAACUUAUGUUUAAAUGUACAUUAACUAAAAUAUAUAAUUAAUAUUAAAUAUUAAAAUAUAAAAUAUUUAUUUAGGAAUAAAAAUAUUAUUAUCUUUAAAAUAGUUAGUUUUAGUAUUAUAUUUUAUUAAAAAUAUAUUCAUAUAAUAAAGUUGAUGAGUUCAUGUUUUCAUAAUUGUGUUAUAUUUUAAAAUAGUUAAAUUAUUUAUUUUAAAUAUACAUUUGUAUAUAAUACAAAUAUAGAAUUAUUACCUAAAUUUAAUAUCAUAAUUUAUAAAUAAUUGGUAUAUUAAAUUAGUUAAAUAUAUUAAUUAUUUGAUGUAAUUAUUUAAUUCAUUUUAUGAAAUGUGUAUAUAAAAGUACUAUAGAAUUUUUAAUUUUACUCAUUGUACAAAUUCAAGUGAAAUAAUACUCAACUAUAAUCAUAUUUCAAAAGUAAAUAUAAAAUAAAUAAAUAAACUAAAUUUUGAAUAAAUUUGUUUUGAUAAAAAUAUACAUUAAAAUUUAAUUUUUUUAUUAAAUUAAUUAUUCCUCUUGUUUAUAGAAAAUAAAUAAAUAUUUACAUAUUUUUGGUGUAAAAAUAAAUGACGAAAAUAUCUUAAUGAAAUUUUAGACUAUUAGAUUAUUUUAAAAUUUCAACAGAAUAUUCCUAAUAUGCCACAUACAAUUAAAAUUUAUUUACAAAAUAUUUUUUAAUUAAUAGUAUAGAUAAAUUCUUGUUCUUAUUGGAAAUAUGUUACAAUUUUCAAAUUGUUUUUAUCAAGCGUAAAUAAUUUUCAAAAGGGAUGAUGUUACUAAUUGAAAAUUGUUGAGAUGAUGUUACUAAUUGGAUAAAUAAACAGAUACUAAUAACAAUUUCCAAUAAACAAUUAUCAAAUUGUUGAGAUGAUGUUACUAAUUGGAUCGAAUAUUUAGAUUUUAAAUUUGGUUAAGUCGGAUUAGCUUCGGAUAACCGUCAUAAUUUUUUAGAAAAAUCUUAAAAGAUACCUUCCUAGUAAAAAUUGAAAAUAAAAAUGGAAAAACAUUCAAACCAAACAUAACCAAAAUUACAUAUAUAUGAUUUUAUGAUGAAUAAAAUUUGCGCAAACAGUAAGAAUGUCAAUUGGCAUAUGACUUAUUUCAACAAUAUGUAUUUGAAAGAUAAAGAUGAUUCACAUCUUAACUAAUUUUAAAUACAAUGAUUUCAAUGUAAAAAGAACACAUGGCCUAUUAAAUUCAAAGUUGAGGGUUACAAUGGAGUAAGAGUUACUCCUAAUUUGCUUUCCACUACAUAUUCAUGGACAAAGGUAUGACUUAAUUGUUUUUUUUUUAAGUAUUCUAUCAUUGUUUUUAACUUAAACUAGAUCUUGAUUCGUGCCUCCGCACGGGUAUUUGUUUUUAAUUUUUAUAAACGUUCAAAAAUUAAAUACAUAUAUUAUUGUACUAAUUAAAUUAGAAAAUGCUAAUUAAUUAAAUAUAACUGAGUUAGUUUUAUUAUUUUGAAAAUUUUAAACGAUUUUGAUUAAUUUAAUUUUUAAUAAACCAAUAAAUUAAUCUGAUCAUUUAAUCUAUUUUAUAUUUUUUUAUGGAUUGCAAAAUUGACUUUUUGAUUUUUAUUUUUUAAAUAAAUGAAUGAUUGCAUAUCUUUUAAAUUUGUUAGGUAGCUAAAUAUUAGACAAUUUCAUAACAAUUUUUAUGAAAAUUGCUAUUUAUAAAGUCAAUGGCAUUGGAUGGUAAUUAUUGAGGGAAACUUAGGGUUAAGAUUUAUUUGUACUUCAGUUUUAAUAGUUUAGAUGUAUUAGAUCAUUGUAUUUUUAAGUUGAUAUAUUGGAUCAUUGUUUUUGUUUUUAGAUUCCAAGCAUUGUAUACUUUCAAGGUUCCAAGCAUUGUAUACUUGGACCAUCACGUUGGUAUUGGUGUCUUCAAUGCAAUAAACCCUUCUUAAUAUACUAGUGGUUGUUCCACGCUUCGCGCGGAAGAGUUUGUUUUAGUUAAAUAUUUAUUUAACAUUUGUUUUUAUUUUAGAAAAUAUUUUUAUAUACUAUUUAUGAAUUAUUAUUAUGCACUUACUCUUAAUUAUUUUUCAUACCUCUUUUUAUUAAUUAUGGUCUAAAACAAACAAAUAAUAGUUUGUUAAAAUAAUUGAAAUGAGCUAAUUAUAUGAGUUGUGGAUUUUAUAAUAAUUUGUAACAAUAUCUGUUAUUAAUUAUGAAUUAUCCCUCGAAGACCUAUAUUUAGCAUAAAAAUUAUUAAUAUUCCAUGUUAGUUAUUAUAUAUAUAUAGUGUACUUCUAAUAAUAAAUCAUUUGAUAGUACUGAAUUUAAAUUGUAGUAAUCUUUAUAACAUAACAAAUUUCAAAAUGCACAACAAUAUAAGUUUAGGUUGAUUUGUUGAGAUGGUGAUGUCUACAUUCUUACGUAGGUUUAAGGAUCAUAGGUGAUGAGGAUCAUAAAUUCAAUAUACUGAGAAUAUUCUCGAACACAAAAUAUGGAAAUACAAUCUUUCUUGUUAAAUAAGUUUAAGUAUUUCUAAAAACAUGGUAUAGAAAAUAUAUUUUCGGAUUAUUUUCAAACUAAUAAAAAGUUCGCUAUUUUCUUGUUUGAGAAUUUUAAGUUUUUUCUAUAUGUUAAAAUUUUCCAAAAAUUUAUAUUUUAUGGAAUCAUUAAGGAAAUGUUUAUAUAUUAUACGACCUAUUCCAUACAAAAUAGUUUAGAUAUUUUCUUAAAAGUAUCAGAUAUAUAUACGUCUAUAUGUGUACCGGGUUUUUAUUUGGAAAACUAAAAAGAUAAAUAGUGAUGAUGAUAUAGUUUUACAUUGCUAUAGAAUUUUGUGUCAUGACUGAAAACAAAACGAUCAUUUGGGCUGAUUAAUAGUAAAUGUUGAUAUAAACGUCUAAGGAUUUAGCAGUCAGAGUAUAUGAAUUAAUAUUCUUCAAAAAUAAUCUUCUUUUUCUCAUAAAGCAUAAUAAUAUUUUCACCCGGCUUGUAUCUUUUAAAUAGAAUCAAAUCUUCUUUUUAUCAUAAUUUUUUUUUUUGGUAAAUUCUUUUUCUUUUUUUCUUUGUUUUUCUCAUAAACUAUUAACAUAAUAUAUGAAUUCAACAUAAGACUUAUUCUCAUAAAAAAAUUCACAAAAGACUUAUUCUCAUAAAGUAAAUUUUUAAAAUUUAUUAUAUAACAUGCGGGUUAAACUAUUUAAAUUGUCACGUAAGUUUUUUUUUCAACAUAAAGUUAUCACGUAUUAUUCAUUAAUCUGGGGUAUUAAUAUAUUUUUUUAGUAAAUUAUAAUGGCAUACUUGUAAUAUCUAAAACAGAUUGUUAUAAAAAAAAAUCUAAAGCAAAUUAAUGGGAUAUCAAAAAUGGUAUCAAAAUGUUAGUGAUAUUAUAUGUUGCUUAAAUGUUAUUUGCUAAAAAAGUAAGUGACUUUUGAUUGGAUGAAAAUAUGGCUGGCGAAUUAUUAUUUUUUAAAAAUUAAAAAGGCAAUAGCAUACCAUUGUAACUAAUUCUAAAAAGUAAGGCAAAAUUCUAUGAGGAAUUCUGAUUUAAUAGUAUAGAUGUUGUUUUUUUUUUUAUUAAUUAGAUAUCUAUAUAUUUUUUAUGUGAGGUCAUCUAUUUUUAUUUAUAUUCUUAUGUGUUUCUUGUCAAAUUAUUUUAUAUUAAAUUUCUUUUGUUUAGACUAUGCAAAUAUAUACUAUUUUAUUUUUGUAUAAAUACUAAAUUUAGGCUUGUUUUUUAUGGGAUCAGUACAUUAUUUUCUGUAAAAAAUCACAAUUAUUUUGAGUAUAAUAAAUAUAUAUUUUCUUUGUGUUUUAUACUUACUAUUUUAUUUAUUACAUCAUAUUUGUUUUUCGCAACUUUUUUUUGAAAUCUUUGUUCCCUUAAUUUUUUUAUUGUGGUUUUUAUUUAUUUUAUUGUUGAUUUUUUAAAAACUUGAUGAAACUAAAAAGAAAAUAUCAUAAAUAUAUUUCACCCCUUUUAUUUUUUAUAGACGUUUUCUAUUUAUUAUUGGAAUUUUUAUAUUACUGGACUAUAUUAUGUAUGUUGACUAAAUUAUUAUUUGUUGGCUAAUUUUUUUUUAAAACUCUGUUGACUAAUUUUUCAUUAACAUUUUGUUUUUUAAAGAAAAAUCAACUCAAUAUAUAUCAAUCAACCCUUUUUAACUUAUAUAUUAAAUUAUAAUUAUAGUGCUCUCAAUUUAAUAUAAUUAUUGUUGUAUAUAUCGAGGACUUAUUCUUGGGUUCACCCCCUAGGGUGAACCUCUAGAUUCACCAACCAAUAAGAUUGUGUUAUUUCAUAUUCGAUAUCUUUUAAAAAAAAGAAAUAAAAUAUUGUCAAAUUAUAUUAUGCUUUUAAAAUUAAAAGAUAAAAAUAAAAAAAUAAAAAAUAGUAGUAAUUACAAAAAAAAUAUUGUUAACGUCGUCAAUAAAACAUUAAACCUUAAAUCAUAAAUCCUAAACCCUUGGAUAAACAUUAAACUCUAGGAUAAAUCCUAAACUCUAAAUCAAAAUCACUAAACACUAAAACACUCAAGGGCUUAGAGUUUAGAAUUUAGGGUUUUAAUGUUUUUUAUUUAGAGUUUAGGAUUUAUCCAAGAGUUUACAGUUUAUCCACGAGUUUACGGUUUACCCAAGGGUUUACGGUUUGCCCAAAGGUUUAGGGUUUACCCAAGGGUUUAGAGUUUAUCCAAGGGUUUAGGGUUUAUGAUUUAGGGUAUAGGGAUUAGGAUUUAGGGUUUAUUUUUUUUCUGACGACGUUAAAAAAUAAUUUUUAUGUCUUUUCUCGAUAACUACUAUCUUUUUUUUUUACUUUUUUAUUAUUUUAAAAACAUAAUAUAGCUUGACAAUAGUUUGUUUCCUUUUUAAAAGAUAUCGAAUUUGAAAUUGUGGCAAACGUGAACCCAAAAAUAACUCUAUAUCGAGUUACUGGUUUGUCUAUCCUCAUGUCACAUUUAAUGUGGAAGAUAAUACUUUAGUUUAGUAUAAUAUUUCUGAAUAGAAUAUAUAACUUUACGAAGGAAACACAUGUAUAAAUGUAAUGGAUCUAAUAAAAAAUAUUUAGUUUUUUUUGGCUAAAGGUUUUUUUUUUUUGUUAAAAAAAAAUUAUUUAUGUAACUAAAAGCCAGAGUGUAGAAAAAUUAUUUCGUCAUUACAUAGCCAUUAUCAUAAUUCAUAAGGCACAUGAACUAAAACAAAAUCUAGCCUAAAAAUCAAUCUUAAGCUCGCCAAUUUCUUAUCUACUCCCUCCGUUUCAAUAUACUUGAUGUUUUAGAGAAGUUUUGUUGUUUCAUUAUAGAUGAAGUUUGCACAAAUCUAAGUAACUUUAACUUUGUUAAAAACUGUGUAACCAAUUGGAUUUUUUAGUUUUUAUUUAUAAUUAAAUAAACUAAUUUUAUAUUAUAAUUUAGUGAUGAUUUUGAUAAAAAGUAGUUUUUCUUAAUAUUUGUGCAUUUGAGUAAAAAAUCAAGUAAUAAGAAACAGAGGGAGUAUUAACUAACCUACCUAAAAUGUGAUUUAGCUUAUCUAUCGAUGUGCAUGUCAUAGCUUACCCAUCGAUGUUCAUGCCUUGUAAUAUAUCCACAUAUUUGUAUUAUGCAGUUAUAUUAUAUUCGAUUCUUGUAUGCAAAUUGGAAAAAUGGGACACUUUGAACUUUUAUUUGUCACAAUAGGAUUUCUGAUAUUUUGGACAAUUCUGGACAUAUUUUACCCUUUUUUAAUAGAAAAAAUAGUAAACUGAAUUUUAAAAAUGUUAAAAAAUAUCAAAACUAUUGGAAACAUAAGUAUGACAAUAUAUAUGUUUAAAUUGUUUUUUUUUUUAAAAUGAAUCAUAUUUUAUUUCAUCUUCUAGCUACAGUUAUAAUACUCAUUCUGGUCAUCUACUUAGUCUAGAAUUCGGCUACUAAUGUUUAUACAUAGAUAUAUCUUUGGUAUACAACGUAACCUAUCUUUUCUUAUAUAUUCUAACCAAAGCUAGGUUACGUUACGUUAUAAUCAAGAAAGAUGUCUUUCUUAUACCUUUAGCUUGGUUACGACAUGUAGCCACAAUGCGUUGAUAUACCCUAUCUAUAUUUGGAGCCAUGAUGUGGUCUGCCUUUUACCUUAUGUGGCGCCUAGGGAAGAAUAUGUUUCACAUCUACUCUACUGUGUUCUGACUUACAUAGGUUAUACAUUCUACAGGAAAUCCGAAAAAUAUGGAAACUUCCAUAAUCGGUUAAAGAUGUUUCCUAAAUCUAAACUAAAUCUUCCCUAAAUAUCUCCAAGAAUAUUUUCUCCCACGUUUUUCUCCUUCUCCCACGAUCUUUUGUCGUCGUUCUUUGUGUUUCUCUCUUCUUCAUCGACAUAAUCAUCUCUCUUUUCUCUAUCAAUACAACAUGGUUCUAAUCUAUGUCAAAUCGGGUGAAUGGAUGUGUAGUCGCGGUGAUGACUGGAGUUUCGUGGUAGACAAAGAAAGGCGUGGUCGAAUGGUAACAUUAGCAACUACUACUACGUUGAAGCAGCUCAAGAUAAUGGUGUGUGAGGAUUAUGGGGUGGACCAUAAUGCCAUUAAUGCCGAGUUCAGUUAUUCGUUGUUGAAUCAAAAAGGGAAUCCUCCUAUUAUUAUCACCAAUGAUCGGCAAGCAUCUAAUUUUGUGGGCUAUGCAAAGAGGGAAUCGUCUACUACCUUGUGUGUGAUGUUCUCUGUUUCCGGUGUAAAUCAAAAGGAACGAGUCAAUAUCGAUUUGAAUAAGGAGCCUUGCGAUUCAAGUAAUGUUGAGGAUGAAGAAGUUCCUGAGAUAAAUCGAGCAGAGUUUGUCAAGCCGUCAAAGGAGUCUUUUGUUAAAAGAACGAAUCAUGUCGCUGCAGAUGGUUGCGGUCCUUUAAGGAGUGAAAACAUUGAACUUUUUCAAAACAAUGGAGACAGUGAUAAGGAUGGUCGAGCUUGGAGAGGAGACUUCGUGAAGAAGGAUCAAAUUUUCACAAGUAAAGGGGUUCUGAAGGCAACAAUGGAAAUUUUAGCGAUGAAGAAUAAUUUCGAUUACACUGUUAUCAAAUCCACGAGAAAAUGGUGGUAUAUUCGAUGUAAAGAUGCAUUGUGCAACUGGACUGUGCGUGCAGAAGGAAUAGAUGGGUCUACAUAUUUCAUGAUCAACCAAUGUGAUGGAAGACAUUCAUGUGCUCCUUCAAAGAAAAGGAAAUUCGGAAAAACAGCAUCAGCAAGAACAAUUGGGACUCUGAUACAACAUCGAUUUGAUGAUGCAAACGAUGGCCCAAAACCGAAUGACAUCAUUCAAUUUAUGAGAAUGGAGCAUAGUUGUGAGAUUACUUAUUGGCACGCUUGGGAAGCUCGUGAGUUUGCUAUUGCAGCUGCUAGAGGUAUACCAGAUCGCAGUUACUCUAAAAUACCAGCAUAUCUGCAUAUGAUUAAAGAAGCAAAUCCUGGUACGCAUACUCACUAUGAAACUAAUGAGAAGGGAAGAUUCAUGUAUCUAUUUAUGUCAUUUGGGCAAUCAGUUAGAGGAUUCUACAAUGCAAUGCGAAGGGUGAUUGUUGUUGACGGAACUUUUCUGAAAAAUAAAUACAAAGGGACACUUCUUGUUGCUACUGCUGUAGAUGGUAACUCUAAUUUGUAUCCGAUUGCAUUUGGGGUUGUUGAUUCAGAGAAUGACGAUUCUUGGGGGUGGUUCUUCAGACAGUUGAAAGUGGUUAUUGCUGAUUGUCAAGACCUAGCUUUUGUCUCAGAUAGAAAUGCGUCUAUUUCUAAAGCUAUUGGGACUGUCUACCCUCGAUCAGCACAUGGAAUUUGCAUUCAUCACUUAUUGACCAAUGUGGUCUCAUUUUUCAAGACAAAAGGAUUGACUGCGUUGGUAGAAAAGGCUUCACGGGCAUAUAGAUACACUGAAUUUCAAGAACGUAUCACCGAAAUUUUUGAUAUGAGUCCUGAGCUUGGAAGAUAUCUACGGGAGGCUGAUGUGCGCAAAUGGGCUCGUUCUCUCUUCCCUGGUUCCAGGUAUGACAUUAGGACCACGAACCCUGCAGAGUCUAUAAAUUCAGUUCUUAGAAUACCUAGAGAAUAUCCGGUUAUUCCUUUGCUUGAUAGUAUAAGAGAACUGUUGACUCGAUGGUUCUAUGAGCGUCGCUUGUUAAGCUCAAAGCAUCUAGAUCCUUUAACCGCUAAGGUGGAGAGAAAGAUUGAUAGGAGAAUUGUGAAGGCAAAAGGAUUCCAGGUUUACAAGGUUGACAACUUCAGAUCGGUUGUAAAAGGAGACAUAUAUGAUUGUCAUGUUGAUUUGGAAAGAAGAACAUGCACAUGUGGUAAGUAUGAUAUAGGAAAAAUUCCUUGCCGACACGCCAUUCCUGCAAUUUAUUCACGAGGUAUGGAAGUGCACAGAUUCACUGACGCCUUAUACAGCACUGCAGCGUGGAGAACCGCCUAUGCAGAUUCCAUUAAUCCAAUAGCAGUUGUAGAGUCAGAAUGGAAUGUCCCUGCUGAGGUUAAACUUGCAAAGGUUUUACCACCAAAGACAAGAAAGAGUGCUGGUCGACCAGUAAAGAGAAGGUAUGAAUCAGUAGAAGACAAGAUCGCAUCUUCUCAAGGAUCAAAGAAGAAUAAAAAGCAUAAGUGUAGCCGUUGUGGAACUGAAGGACACAAGAGAGGAACAUGCGAUUUACCCAUCUAGUUUGUUAUGUGUCUGCAUCUGUCUCUGUUUUUUUCUUUAUUGCUUUUGAAACAAUUUGAUCUUCUGUUUAAGAACCUAUUUGACAAUUUGGUAUUUGCUAAACUAUAGAGACAAAUCGAUUUAUUCUA